GCGGGGGCGCCGCGGCGAGGCGCCGCGGGCCGCCGGGGCCCAUCUUGCUGCCGCUCGGCGGCCGCGCUCGGGAGGGAGGGCCCUCGGCCGGCGUGCGGCCAAUCCGGGCGGGCGCUGGCGGCGAGCAGGGCAGAAUGGGCUGUAGUUUAGUGAAAUAGGAAAGCUGCAAACAGUGCGGAGUGUUCCUGGUGUAAAUAAAAGGGGGAAAAGAAAAGUUUCUGCAAGUCGCCGCUCUGCAGUCUCGCCCGGGCACUGGCACGGGGGUUUGUGCGUUGCAAAAAACGAACACACUGGACUUUACUGUGCUGCGUUAACACGCUCUUCCUAUUGUUUGUGUUUUUUUCAAAAUAUGGCAAAGGUUCAGGUGAACAAUGUAGUGGUGUUGGAUAAUCCUUCUCCUUUCUACAAUCCUUUCCAAUUCGAAAUCACAUUUGAGUGCAUAGAGGACCUGUCGGAAGAUUUGGAAUGGAAAAUAAUUUAUGUGGGUUCAGCUGAAAGCGAAGAGUAUGAUCAGGUGUUAGACUCUGUUUUAGUAGGACCUGUUCCUGCGGGCAGACACAUGUUUGUAUUUCAGGCUGAUGCACCUAACCCAGGGCUUAUUCCAGAUGCAGAUGCAGUAGGUGUAACAGUUGUGCUAAUUACAUGCACCUAUCGAGGUCAAGAAUUUAUUAGAGUCGGCUACUAUGUAAACAAUGAAUAUACGGAAACAGAACUAAGAGAGAAUCCACCAGUAAAGCCAGAUUUUUCUAAGCUUCAAAGGAAUAUUUUGGCAUCUAAUCCCAGAGUCACGAGAUUCCACAUUAAUUGGGAAGACAACACUGAAAAACUGGAAGAUGCAGAGAGCAGUAACCCAAAUCUACAGUCACUGCUUUCUACAGAUGCAUUACCUUCAGCAUCAAAGGGGUGGUCAACAUCAGAAAAUUCAUUAAAUGUUAUGUUAGAAUCUCAUAUGGACUGCAUGUGACUAACCACCAUCGUUUUGGUACUGUAUAUGUGUUAAACUGUAAAAACAACCAGAACUAUUUCCCUCAAAUUCCAUAAGUACAUAGUUGACAAGCAAUGUGAAGAUCUUGUUUUAAAACAUCCUGUAGAAAGUUUAUAAAAAAAAAAAAAAGCACCAAAAAACCAAACAAACAGUAUUUGAGCAAAUUGUGGAAUAUAAAUACAACUAUUUUUAAGUAA